AUGGAUGAUCCUCGAGAACUGAAAGAAGUUGACCAUUACGAUAACAAUUCAUCAGAUAGCGAUGAGGAACACGAAAUACAGCGACAGUUAGAUGAAAUGGCUGCUCAGAAGGCAGAUCUAGAGAACAGAUUACGAGCGAAGAAAGAAAGGUCUAAAAUAUUAGAUCCUAAUUUCAGAGGUGCUCAAGUUCCAAGUUCGCCAGAAAAGAAGAAACCAGUAAUUAAGACUCAUUAUCAGGUAAAUCCACGAACUUACCUAAAAGAAGAAAGUCAAACUUCUCAAACAAGUUUAAAUAUCAAUGAAGUUGGGUUAUCCGAAAAACUCCAUCGUAAAUAUUCUACUGACAGUGAUGUGACUGGCAUAAUCAAUAAUCCAUCUUAUUUUUCUAAAAAAUUCCAGGAAUCGAAACAACAAGGCAAGGACGCUAUUCAUCAAUAUCAAACAAUGAUGAGUACCAGAGUUCAUGCAUUCGAUAACAUUUCGGAGGGAAAAUCUUAUCCAACAAUGAUAACUGAUGAAAUGGAUGAAUUUUCUCACCUGUGGGUAAAGAAAAGAUAUAUUCCUUCAAGCGAUCUGAAACAAAUGCUCCAGGAUAUAAAGGUUCUUCGUUUAAGUAAACUUUUUGCCAAGGUACGUCCUCCAAAAUUUCAGGAACCUCAAUAUUCGAACUGGGCUACAAUUGGGAUUAUUUCAAAAAAGGAUGAAAUCAAGUUUACAUCUUCUGCAAAACCUCAAAAAUAUUUUAAAUUUGUGAUCACAGACUUCAGGCAUACUUUAGAUGUAUAUAUUUUUGGUAAACAAGGGGCGGAGAAGUAUUACAACCUUAGAGUUGGUGAUAUAAUCGCAAUAUUGAACCCUGAAAUAUUACCGUGGCGUCCCAGUGGUAAAGAACAGUUUAUUAAAUCAUUUAAUUUACGAAUUAGUCACGGCUACAACUGUAUAUUAGAGAUUGGCCAAAGUAAGGAUAUAGGAUGGUGUCCAGAAAUUAUAAAGACAAAAAAUGUAUCAUGUGGAACUCCAAUAAAUAUAUCAACAGACCGAUGUUGUGAAUAUCACCGUGAGAUCCAAUUUCGUAAAACUAAUUCCAAGCGCGUUGACUUAACUGGUAACUAUGCAUUAGGUGCUCCAAUGAAGGCUGAAAAUCAACCCAUGUUAUAUAAAUCCAAGGCUGGUUCUGUUACCUCAAAACCAACUUCGAACCAAUAUCGAGUACUGCCGAGUUGGUCGCAACAAAAUCCUCAGUUUUAUGAUAAAUAUGGUGGUAAUUCACGACAUUUUAGUUCAUCUUCCGCUGCAAAAGCAUUUUUUGAUGAGAAAUAUCAAAAUCCAGACAUGCUAACCAAUUUGGAUAAUAAAAAGAGGAAACUAAUGGAUAAGAAGAAAAAUUCUAGGAUUGAUAAACAGUUGAACAAGAUACUGAAGAAAGGUACACAUGAUGUCGAAGGUCUGGCGAAUGAAAAGAAGGCAAGAAAAAUGAAAGCAAACACCCAACAUGUACUAGAAAGUGGGUUAAUUCAAAGAUUAGGAUUUGAUCCUACCCGUGGGCAAAUGGCUACUGUUUUGAAUCAUCAUACUAACGAUAUGAAAUCAAAAAAUGCUGAGCCCAAAGAGCAAAGCCAGUCAUUACAAAAAAAAAAUAGUGACAUUAACGAUUUAAUAAGCUUUAAAAAAGAAAAAGUCUUUUUAAAACCUUCGAGAGUUGCUCUAAUGAAUAAAAUUAAUCAUAGAGAAAGUGUAUUCAAAGCCACAUUUAAGGAAAAUGAGAGCCCGGCCAGAAAAAAUAACGAUAGUGACAGUGAUUUGGAUAUUAUUUAA